UUCAUCAGUCACAGUUGACGCUACUCUGUGGACGGUGCUCUCGCGCGCCCCUCCUAUGCUACAACACAAUUCGGGGAAGGCAGAGUGCACAACACAUCACCAGAAUGUGACAAUAUAAGUGCACCAUUUAGUUAAUAACUUCCCUUCGCCUUCCCUAGUAGCUAACGUCAACAAACUUUUAUUACUUUCUAAAACGUAUUUAAUUUUCCGCGUGUGUCUCGUACCAAGCUCGCGCCAACAAAACGUGUGUGUGUAUACAUAAAUAUUAAAUUUAUAGUGAGUUAAGCUGUACCAGACAUGACUAUAUCGUACGCCGGCGAAGUACCAAACGGCAGCAGUUUUGGUUGUUUUUGGCGGAUCCUUUGCAAAUGGAGAGGCAGCGUUUACAAGCUGGUCUGGCGCGAGUUACUAGCAUAUCUUACACUUUACUAUACGAUCAAUUUGUUGUAUCGAUUCGCGCUCACUGAACAACAGCAAAGGAUAUUCGAAAAAGUGCGUCAAUAUUUCGGCGCUCAGAGCGAGUCGAUACCGAUGUCGUUCGUGCUGGGCUUCUACGUGAGUCUGGUGGUGAAGCGGUGGUGGGAGCAGUACAAACUGCUGCCGUGGCCCGACACCCUGGCGCUUUUCAUCUCCGCGGGAAUACCUGGAGCGGAUGAGACGGGCCGGCUCAUGCGCAGGAAUAUCGUUAGAUAUGCCAUCCUCGCUUACGUCAUCACUCUACAAAGAGUGUCGUUAAGGGUGAAGCGACGCUUCCCCACAUGGCAGCAUGUUGUAGAUUCCGGUCUGAUGCUCGAGAGCGAGAGAAAAGUAUUUGAAAAGAUGGACGGAAAGAGCCCUAUGUCCAAGUACUGGAUGCCUUUAGUGUGGGCCACGAACAUUAUAAACAGGGCAAGGAAAGAAGGCUUGAUAACAAGUGACCACAUCGUUCAGACCUUGUUGGUGGAACUGUCAGAUAUAAGGAGAAGGCUUGGAGCAUUGAUCGGAUACGACACGGUGUGCGUCCCUCUCGUGUACACUCAGGUGGUGACCCUCGCUCUGUACACGUACUUCGUGGCAGCUCUGAUGGGCCGCCAGCUGGUGCCUCCGGCGCCCGGCAGCACGUCCAAGUACGAGCCCGACGUGUACUUCCCUCUGUUCACUGCUUUGCAGUUCUGCUUUUACGUGGGAUGGUUGAAAGUUGCCGAAGUGUUAAUCAAUCCUUUUGGAGAAGAUGAUGACGACAUCGAAUUAAACUGGCUUAUAGACAGACAUAUAAAGGCUGCCUAUAUGAUAGUCGAUGAAAUGCACGAGGAACACCCGGAGCUGCUGAAGGACCAGUAUUGGGAGGAGGUGGUGCCCAAGGACUUACCAUACACGGUCGCGUCGGAGCACUACAGGCGCCACGAGCCGCCCUGCUCUGCCGACCACUACAAAGUUAAGGCGGAGGAUGCAGUGUACGCGAAUGUUCAGGCGCCAAGGAAGAGCCAUGAUGAGACGUAUGCGGACUAUGAAAGCGUAGAUACGCCAUUGGUGGAGAGACGGAAGAACUGGUUCCAAAGACAGAUAUCGCGGAUGGGAUCCGUGCGGUCGGCGUCUACUGCUUAUUCUUCAGGCGGGCUGUUCGGCCGCAACAGGCACAACUCGGUGGUGUACUCCAGCCCCGAGGCUGGCCAGCCUGUAGUGCCGCCGCCUCCUCAUCACAAAAUGUCUCUGUACGAACGGCUUGUGGGCCGCAAGUCUGGCAGAGGACAACACCGACAAAACUCGAGACAUGGUGGUCAGAAAAGCAAUGGCUCAGCUGUACCUAUAACGCUACGCAAUCGACCUCGCAUACCGACACCUGAUGUGACAAAAGAAGUGAUGGACCGAGAGAAUCGUAUCGCCAUGGGUAUGCAGAACAUGGGUGUGAUCAUGGCGCACCAAGGAUACCAGAACGAGGUGCCAGUACUCGGCGCAUUAGUCCUCUCACCUAUACAAGAGCUGGACAGCGGGUCAGUGAACAACACGCUGCACGCCGGCCAGCCUGGCACCACAGCACUGGCGCAGGCGGUGUUGUCGCCGGGAGGCCUCACGCCCAUGCUGACAGCCGCGCCGGUCACGCUGUCGCCCAUGGGCGUAUCGCAGCUGACGUCGCUGGUGAGCUCGACGCCCUCGACGCCGCGCGCUGAGCGAGGCGCCGCCGACGGCUCCGGUGGCUCGCCGCAGCCGCCUCGCGCCACCGUCACCGAGCUGCCGCCCUCAGAUCGGGAGAGCGAACACAGCGGCAAUGGAAGCCCGCCAGAUUUCACCAGGAAACCUGGCUCCAAGAGAGGAGAAGUAUAUGUAUAAAAGAGUAAUACAGGGAGUGUUGUCCGUCCAUUACUAGUGGUGCUGUUGAAUAAAAUUAUUAUUGUGAAUGAAAGAAAUUUAUAGUGUCAAUGUUGACUGAGAUGACUAUAGGUACCUACUGUUUUAAAUUAAAGAGAAAGCUCAUAAUUAUGUAUUAGUCGAUUAGAUACCAUUUAAAUGAUUUUAUUAAUUAGAUACUUUGUAUUUACGCACAAACAGGGAUUGAAUUGUAUAGCUAUAAAGUAUUUUUUAAUUUA